GUAGAAAAUAAUUCAAAGAACAAUAUUUUUUCGUGUUUAAUUAAGUCUUAAAAAAGUGAAAACUGCUGAAUAUGGAGUCAACACUACCGCCUCUAUUUGAUCAUAUGGAUAAUGUAGAUAUAAGCUCACCAAAUGACGAUACAGAUAUCUUUAAAUCUGCUAUUCAGAACAAUGAUGUCUUAUCAUCGCCAAAAGAUCCAGCUAUAAUGGAAGACGUCAUAACAACAUCAGAUGAAAGGGAAAUUGAUGGUAAAUCAAUUGAAAUCUCUGUAGAUGAGCCUCAGAAAAUUGGCGAUGGCAUGAAUAGCUAUUUAGCUUACAAAAUCGUAACGAAGACUAAUAUAACUAAGUUUAAACGGAGACAAUCGACUGUAAAUAGAAGAUUUAGUGAUUUUUUGGGGUUACACGAGCAACUUGUUGAGCGCUAUCUACGUGCUGGCUUUAUUAUUCCUCCAGCACCAUCCAAAAAUAUUCUUGGAGCAACAAAAGUGAAAAUGGGAAGUCAACAAAAUGCCGAGUCGGGAACAAAUAAUGGACAAGAGUGGGUUGAGAAUCGUCGUGCUAGUCUUGAAAGAUUUUUAAAUCGUGUUGCAGCACAUCCAACACUUCGCCUUGAUGAGAAUUUCAUCAAUUUUCUCGAAAGUGAAUUGGAAUUGCCGCGAGCAACAAACACAGCGGCAUUAAGCAGUGCUGGUGUGAUGCGAUUAUUUAACAAAGUUGGAGAAACUGUGAACAAAAUAACAUAUAAGAUGGACGAAAAUGAUUUAUGGUUUGCUGAUAAAAUUGCAGAAAUCGAUACACUCGAUACUCAGUAUCAAAAGUUACACAUUGCUGUGAAAUCACUCGUUGUCCACCGACAAGAAUUAGCUCAGUUAACUGGGAAUGUUGCAAAGUCGGCAGCAAUGUUAAGUACAUGUGAGGAGCAUGUCGGUCUCUCAAAAGCCUUGUCUCAAUUAGCCGAUAUUGAGGAAAAAAUUGAAAUUUUGCGAUCUGAGCAGUCAAAUUCUGACUUUUAUAUCCUUUCUGAAAUGAUCAAGGACUAUAUUGGACUGCUUGGCGCUAUUAAAGACGUCUUUCAUGAACGUGUAAAAGUAUUUCAGAAUUGGCAACACGCCCAGAUUCAACUAACAAAGAAACGUGAAAAUAAAGCUAAAAUAGAAUUAAGUCAACGCAACGAUAAGCUGGAACCAGCUCAGAAAGAGGUCGAGGAGUGGGAAGCUAAAGUUCAGCGCUGUCAAAAAGAGUUUGAGGAUAUAUCAGCUGAAAUUAAGAGAGAAGUCGAGAGAUUCGAAUUGAAUCGUGCGAAAGACUUUAAAGCAACUAUCGUUAAAUAUCUCCAAGAUCAAAUGGUGUUUCAGAAACAAAUUCUCAAGUACUGGGAGGGCUACAUUCCAGCUGCAAAAGAGAUUGCAUGAAAUUAUCAUAAAAAUAUUGAUGAAUCCGAAGAUAAAGUCUAUUUAACAGUUUGAGCUUAUAUUUGUCAAGCUUCAUCUGAUGUCUCUGUUAACUUUGUAAUGAUUUCAAAGAAGAAAAUUAUACGUUCUGUCAGUGAGGCUUUAUGUCUAUUAUUCCUUAUUAAUAUUUUUUUUUGGUAUCAUCGAUAUCAAUUUUCAUACAUAUUCGCAAUAUAUUUAAAUGGAAUCAUUCCAAAAUUGUUAUUUUUGAUAACUUACGUAUUCUCUUGUGUUAUUAUCAGUUUAUGUCACAUUUUUAUAAAUUCUUCCGGAUGUGAAAAGUGCAUGAAAAAGUAUAUUAAAAUUAAUAUCGAAAAUAUUGAUACUUUAUAUGAAAAAAGAAUUAAAAAUGUUUAAAUUACAAAAUAUAUGAUUUAAUCACACAUUUAAGGUGUUAUUUAAAGAACUUUAGUUUCAUUUUUGAUGUUUUUGGUACGUGCCUUA